UCUUUUAGAGCUCCAAAAUAAAUAAAUAAAUCUUUUAGAGCUCUCUCGCCGUCUCGCGCAACUGUAGAUUUCAUUCCCCUAAAUACUCUCUGCAAUUCAAUUUGCUGAGUGAAAUUUCAAAAUUCCCUCCUCCAAGUCCUCACGUUUCCGCUUCUUCUAGGGUUUCCUUUCCCGAUGAAGCGUGACUAUUACGAGAUUUCCGACGACGAAUGGCCGGAAGACAAUUCCUUCAAUCCUUCUCGCGUCCUAAAACUCAACAAGCCUUCUUCUCUACCUCCUCCUAUUGAGUCCUUCGCGUACUCCAAGAGCAACAAUCACGACACCUCAAAACCCUCCAAUUUCGUUGAACUGGUGGAUAGCUCGUCGGAGGAAAUUGGAGUCGGAAAUGUGACGGAGAAUUUGGAGGACGAUGAUGCUGAGAUUGUGUCCACAGUGAACCAGAAGACGACCAGCCGUGGCCGCCGGAGAUUCGUGGUGGAUGAUGAAGAUGAAGAUGAAGAUGAAGGAUUGAACUCGAAUGAAGACGAGCAGGAUAUUGAGGUUUUCGAGGAGAUUGAUGCUUUCGAGGAGAGUGAAGAGGAUGAUGAUGUUGUAGGGAAAGCACUGCAAAAAUGUGGGAAAAUAUCUACGGAGCUUAAGAGAGAGCUUUUUGGUACUGCAGCUGCAAAGUUUGAUUCCUACGCUCAAGUGGAGGAGGCUUCAUCACUGAGAAUCGUGACUCAGGAUGAUAUAGACAUGGCAUGCGGAGAAGGAGAUUUGGAAUUUAAGCGAAUACUGAAACCUUACCAACUUGUCGGAGUCAAUUUCCUCCUUUUGCUGUAUAGAAAGAAAAUCGGGGGAGCUAUACUGGCUGAUGAAAUGGGUCUUGGUAAGACAAUUCAGGCAAUCACAUACUUAACGGUGCUGAAACAUUUGAAAGAUGAUCCUGGUCCACAUUUAAUCGUUUGUCCUGCCUCUGUUUUGGAGAACUGGGAAAGAGAGCUAAAAAGGUGGUGUCCAAAAUUUACUGUGAUCCAGUAUCAUGGUGCUGCACGAUCAACUUACUCAAAAAACUUGAGUUCUCUGGCUAGGACUGGACUGCCACCUCCAUUUAACGUUAUCCUAGUGUGCUACUCACUGUUUGAACGACACAGGUUUGCAUAUUAUUUUAAGACCUUAAGUUUGCAUUGA